GACAGGCCCACGCAUCACAAUACAGGAACAGUCCCGCGCGUCCUGUCUUGCUUCACCUUUGAUUCGAGUGUCAACGGGUCUACUUGAAUCCCAGUAGACCCACGGUGAUUGUCCCAGGCUGCAGGGAGUUGAGCAAUGACACGGAAGAGAAAGUUAAGUGAUGUUGAUGCUGUUGAUGAAGCCUGGGAUGGAGGGGAGAUGGGUCAUACGUCUCCUGAUGGGGUACUGCAAGAAGGGGAAAUACUCACGCCCAAUGUGGUAGCCAGUCAAGCUCAUGAGACAUACACCAGUGGAGAGGUUGAGGGGAAUACUAUCCAGCAUCAUCCAGGAAGCAUAGGAGCAGCCAUGGCCUACAUAUAUGAACCAAUCAGUGAGAUGGUGGAUGACCCCGAUGAUGUGACCAGCCAGUCCAGUGUGAACCAAGACAAAGCAAAGAAGACAAAGAAGAGGGUCAAUGCAGAUGCACGACUCAAAAACAUCUCCAUAGCCUGUGAAUGGAACAUGUGUACUUUUGUCUUCACCAAGGUGGAGCGUUUCAUCGCCCACAUAACAGAGCACCUUGUAGCCAUAGCAGGUCCUUCAUCUAGCGAUGGUUACCUGUGCUACUGGAGGGAAUGUGACUUUGCUUGCAACUCAAAGGAUGAAAUGGAUCGUCAUGUUUAUUUUCAUGCUUUCCAUGGCAAGAUCAAAAGCAUUGGUUUGAUCUUAUUGGAAGAGAGGAACGAAAAGUGCAUCUUGGAUUCCUCGGGUCGCAACAUGAUACCGGAGAUACCAGAAUUUUUUCAGUGCAUGUGGGAGGACUGCGAUGUAAGAUUUGCUUCAGCGCAUGAUUUUUAUUGCCAUGUGCUGAGCCAUGUAAGAAAUACUGACAAAAUGCAAACAAACAAGAUGAUGUUUUUGUGUUCUUGGGAUGGUUGCACUUCAUCAUUCUCUCUGAGGGUUCGCCUCAGAGAUCAUGUCCGUAGUCACACUCAAGAGAAGAUUGUAGGAUGUCCAAAUUGUGGAGGGAUUUUUGCUUCCAACACUAAAUUCUUUGAUCACUGCACCCGACAGAUGCCCUUGGAGGCUCAGCAGUAUCAGUGUUCUCAUUGCUCACGAAGAUACGCCAAUGAGAGGUUGCUUCGUGAUCAUGUGCGCCAUCACAUCAACCAUUAUAAAUGUCCAGAAUGUGACAUGACUGUGCCAAACAAGUCAGCGCUGGCAGUCCAUGUGCGUUACCGCCACAGGAAGGACAAGCCACACAAGUGUAUGGAGUGUGGACGAGGCUUUACAAACCUUGGAGACAUGACCCGCCACCUCUCAGUUCACUCUGCUGAGCCGGCAUACAGUUGCCCCUUCCAAAAUUGCACAUACAAAUCCCGCUCACUGUCAUCCCAGAAUAAGCAUAUUAGAUUGGUUCACAAUGGGCUGCAGAAGCGUCAUUAUGCUUGUCAUGUGUGUGACUCCAAGUUCAGCCUCUCAGACAGCCUCACCAAGCACCUUAUCAAGAUUCACAACUAUGAGUGGCCAGUAGGACACACACGAUUCAGGUACAAACAGGAUGAGGAUGGAUUUUUCCGACUACAGACAGUUCGAUAUGAGAGCAUUGAAUUGAACCAAGAGAUGGCGAAUGAUGGAGAAGAGCUUGAGAUUGUGGACUCCCCAUAUGCAUCCACAGCCCUAUCCUCUCCUGUUUCCUACAGCAGCAGCCAGCUCACUCCCAGGGAGACAGUAGGGCAGGGGAAUUUAAGGAGUGAGGAAGCACACAACCAGGAUCCACAGCAUGCCUUGGAGACCACAGACACAGACAAUAGAACUACAGACCAAGAAGUUUUCAUGACCUCACAGCAGGAGCCAUGGGACAAAAUAAAGACAAAAGGAAUUGAAUAUCAAGAAGUUCUCAUGCCUGCACAGCUUUAGUUCUUAGUUUCCAUUAAACUUUGCUCUAUUUACUUGUUUUGUGAAUAAUUUGAGACAUGCUGCUUAUGUUAGAGUAUUGUGAAGUGGUUCAUUGUAUUCAGGUGUAUUAUGAAUUAGUGAAGCUCUACUUGUUUCACUGAAGCAAAAGAGUAAGCACCAUUGUGCAGAAAUCACUUUACAACUGACCACAUAUAUGUCAGUAAUCAAGGAGUGGCAAAAUGUAUAACAUACACUAAAGCUUAUUAGAAGACAUCUAUAAUGAAGCAUUGCCACUUUGUUGCUACAUGAUGUGUGAAAAAAACCCCCAAACAAUAUGGAAUGAUAUUAGACAAGGCAAUGCUUCUUAGCUGUUCACAGCAGUAUUAGAGGAUGUUUUGAAGAAUGUGUGAGAGAGAGAAGUAAGAUUAAAAAUCACUGGAGAAUGCCUAAAUUGUCUCAAGUUUACUAUUGCUAUGAUGAGUCUACAAAGUUAUUACAUAGACAGUGGAAUGGUUCAUAAAUUAAUAUAACCAGUUACAGUGGAACCCUGCCAUUCGCCCACAUUGCUAAUCAUACAACUUGUCACUCGUCCUUUGUUCAUGUAAAACUCAACUUGUCAUUCAUAAGCUUGUCUUGUGAUUCGGACAGUGUUGCCUUGUUACUGGCUGCCCCACACGGUCACUUCAGCUCGGCCUUGUAUUAGCUUCUGUACACCAAGCAUCAUCCACUCAAGCUUCAUGAAACUUAUUUUAUUGCCAUUCUUUAUGAUAUUUCUAUUGAAAAUAGUGCAGCCAUUGCUCAAAAAAGAUCAAUAAUUCAACCAAGCAUAAAAGGAAAGCAGUGAGAACAAAAAUUAAAUUGAAAAAAUAAUUCAUUGUGAAGUUUGAAAAUUGAACUCAUGUUUCUGACCUGGCAACUCUACGUAUUUUUCAUGCUGAAAGAUAAAGGUUCAAUAAAAGGGGCUAGUAUGGUGAAAGGAGUGACUUCUUGCUGUGAACGGGUUACCUUUAACUGAACAAGUGGAAAAACUUUUAUUUUAGAUUAAUGAAACCAACUUGCUGAUUUAAAUCAGAGUAAAAAAAAUCAUGAUUUAAAUCAAAAUGAAACAUCCUGUAUAUAGAAAAUGUGAUCUACUUGUACAGGACAAGCAUCAACUGUGCUUGUCCUGUCCUGGUCCUGCACUGGUCCUGUAGCAAGUCAGGCACCAGAGAACCACUGCCUUCUUAUACAAGACAUAUAGUCAAAAGUAUAAAGAGGAAAAUUAAGUCUAUAUUGAUGAUUACAGCAGAUGCAAAUAUGAAGUUCAAUGGUGUAUUUUUUGAAUGAAGAAAAUUAUUAAGUAUAAUUUCUUACUAAUAUGUAUUAAAAUCUGACAACAUACAAAUAGACAAGUUGACAACUUUCAGCACAGUGUUUAAUAGACAGGGAUGGAGCCUGCUGGCCUGCUCACUGCUGCCUGAGUAGAUUAACCUUCCCCAUACCAAGGAUUGCUGGCCUGUGGCCUCUUCACAGUUCACAUUCAAAUUUUAUUACUUUGUUGUAUUGUAGACUGUUGGUGAUUUAUUGAUAUUUCAUACACAGUAAUGCCAAAUGGACACCGGAAAGAGUGACUGUGGGAGGAAAAGAGACCCAGUGUGGCUGUCAUUUGACAGAAUUCCCAAAGACAAAGGAUUUAGAGCAAAAUGCAGAAAAUGCAAACAAAAAAUUCAAGGGUUAGUGACAAGAAUGAAGAGACAUGUGGAGGAUUCAUAGAUAAGAUAAGAUAAUCAUUCUUACUUAUGAUUUUCAAGGGGAAAAUUCACUUUGGGUAAUGCAUAAGACUAAGCUAUGAUUUUGUUUAACAUUGGUGGGAGAAAAAUAAGUAAAUAAGCCAAAAUAUAAUUUAAAUAAAAAAAUCUGGAAUGGAUUAAUCUAAUCUACAUUAUUUCUUAUGAUAAAAAAUGAUUUGCUAUUCAUACAAAUCACAAUUCAAACAGCCUCUUGGGAUGGAUUGUGUACAAAUAGUGAGGUUCCACUGUAUUAGGUUUUUCUCUAUUUGAUGGACAUUUUUUCAAGAAAAUGAACAAGUAAAGCUUUAAGUAAUAUCAUGACUGGUAUGCAAAAUGUAUCACUUUCCAAAGUGUUAACAGUAAUGCUGAAUGUCAUAUGCUGACUUAGCAUGUUGUUAAAAUCAAAUGAAUUUCCCAAGGAGAUUCAUAUUGUAGGAACAAAAAUUUAGAGGAGGGAUUCUCAGUUACUUGAUACCAUUCCCUUCAUACAUCUGUUAUGAGGGGUUCGAGAGACUUUGCAAUAAGGUGUUGAACUUGUAGCUGAAGUAUUGCAAGAAGAAUUGUGGUACCCCUGCCAUAGUGAGGUAAGCGACAUGUCAAACAAUUGAAGAAACAGCAUUUGAAAGUCCCGAUCCUUAUUUAGCUGCGCGUGCACUUACUUCACGACAGCAUUGUGCUGUAAUGAGGUAAGCGACCAUACUCGGCACUUGACUCAAAGCAUUUGCAUUUCCAUUGGCUGGGAGGUGAUAACUCACCAUAAUCACACGCGGUGAAUGUUCUUAGUACUUCUCUCAGAUGCUUGCCUUGCUAUACCACGUAUAUCUUUCUGUACACGCUGGGAGUAGAAAAAUAUUGGAUUUUUCUAUUAUAUUCCAACUUUAUGAACUUAUGUUUUGGACUUUCAGAAUAUGUCACGUGCCUCAUGAAAAAAACUUGAGUUGCCCUAUCCAAUGCAUGCAACAACUCACUUUUGACCUGGGUGUCACUUUCCUCACUACAGCAGGGGAUGCCAUAAUUCUGAUAUCUCCUGGGCAGCCAUGCAUUGUGUGGCCAGGCCAUUUCCUGUACAAUAGAGAAUUUUGAUAAGUUUUAAUAAGCUAUUGAAAAUCAUAAAGUAUCAAUUUAGUGGCAGUAUUCCUAGUGAUAGAGAGAUAUGCAAUACCAGUACAAGGCAGCUAGCAUUGUGGUUGAUGCUUGUUAACUUGAUACCUGAUCUUGACAAUGAGACUUUUUGUAUUCUCUGACAAUAUCAAUUCUAUGAUGAUUUAUAUACACAUCUUCUGUGUCCCAAAGGAUUAUAUAAAAUGUUUAGUAUGUGAUGAUUUCCUUAUAUGCUUUAUUUUUUACCAUCAGUGCUUCCGAACUCUAGGUUUCCACCAUCAGCCAGCUCUAACCUUCAGAAGUUUUAGAAUAAGAGAUUGAUAUGUGGUGCAUUCUGAAUAUACUUCACAUUAUUUAAAAUUAAUUAUGUGAAGAUAUGUUUGUGCUUGGAAAUUAGGAUGAUUUUUUUUAUCUAUAUGAUAAACUUUCUUCUACCCACAGUAAAAUGUUUUACUCAACACUUGCUUGUAUUAUUUGUAUGUAAUAUGUGUAUGUUUAUAUCAUUGAAGUUAGGAGAGAAGAAAUUCUUUGAAAGUGGAAAAUUAUGACAGGUAUUCAUUAGAUUAAUGACAAUUAAGGUAAAGUUUUGUAGAUUUCAAGUUUAUACUGAAGUGUAUGAUGAGUUUGUUUACAGUUGUGCUGGAAUCCAAUCCAGAAGUCUUUGUUCCUAUUGAAUAUUUGGUAUGUACAGUAUUACUAUUAUAUGAUUUAAUAAAAGUCUUUUGAUACUUUA